GGUGGUUCGAACCACUCAAAAAUAUUUAUGAUAAUAACACCCAAAAACAAACUAAACUAUUAUUUAUUUAUUGUGGUCAUGAGAUAGUUACAGACACAGAGAAUACAUCUGUCAGAAAGCUGACUCAUUGUAUCUUAUCUUUCCCAUUUCCUCUUACCUUUUUUCCUACGUGUUGCCACAAAACUCUCAUCUUCACCCACUCAAUCUCCGCCACGUGUACUCUCUAACCCUUCAGUUCGGUCUUUUUAAGGCUUCCCCAAGCCUUCGCAUCCAAAUCUCUCUUCUUUUUUUCUCUCUUUCUCAUAACAACAAAAAAACAAAAAAAAAACCUAAUUAGUUUUUUCUUUCUGCAGAGAUUAUGGAGGUACCGGUGAUUAAUAGAAUAAGAGAUUUCGAAGUUGGUAUAAACUCGAUUAAUGAUCCUUCGUUUCUUUCUCGAUCUGUUGCUGUUUCCGGAAUCGGAAAGCUACACCAAGCUUAUGGUUUUUGGAAAUGGGGAGCUUUGAUUAUCGCAUUUCUAGCUUAUUUCACCAACUUUGUUAGUAAACUCAACAGUCUAGUUGUUAGGUUAAGAAAAAUAGAUGUCUCUGUUUCCUCUCCAACUCUUUUUGAUGAUUACGAUAGCGAUUCCGAUGUUUCUUGUUCCUCUACCGUCUCCUCUGACGAUGAAAAAGACGAAGAAGAUGAGGCUGAUGAUGAAGAUGAGGAUGUUGACUCGAUCUUUAAUCGAAGACGAGUCAACGGAGGUUUCCGCGUUAGAGGAUCUGAUUAUUACGAUGAUGAUGAUGAUCAGGGAGACAAUGGUAAUUGCACAUGGAUGGGGAGGCGAUAUAGUGGUAGUUUUGGAGAUUUGUUCUCAUGGCCUGAUCUUGGUGGGAUUGGUUCGAGUGGAGUCGUGAAGCUUUGGGAUCAUUUAGAUAUCGAUGGCGAUGAUCAUGAGAAUGUUGUGGCAACGUUUCUCAAGAACUAUAACUCAACCUCGUCACCGUUUUUUUGGGCGGCGGAGAAAAAAGGUGUUGACGCCGUUAAAGUGAAGGCGUGUGAUCCACGCGCCGGUUUUCGGAUGCCGGCUUUGCUCGCGGAGUGGAGGCAGCCGGGGCGGUUGUUAGGGAAUAUAAUCGGAGUUGAUACCGGUGGUGUGGAGAAAGUAUACGUCAGGGAUGAUGUUAGCGGAGAGAUAGCCGUGGGAGAUUUGAGGAAGUUUAACGGUGUGUUGACGGACUUGACGGAAUGUGAGGCUGAGACUUGGUGGGACGCUGACGUCCUUAUCUCGGGCUGAUGGAAUCCUUGACGAGAGAAAAUAUUGGUUGGGACGGUUUUGUCUUAAAGUUAAGAGGACGGACGAAAGAUUCAACGCCAAAAAGAAGUGUUAAAGAUUAAUGAGAACGACGCAACGUUUUGUAAAUAAUUUGUCUGUUUGCUUCUCUGCGAUUUUUAUUUUAAAAUUUUAGUUUUGAUUGAAUAAAAAUCAGCGUCAGAUUAAUAAAAGUGUUUGUGUGUUUGGUCGGUUACUAGUUCACUUGUUCUCUGGCUCCAUGUGAAGUGAAGCCACUACCCAAUGUGGCUGGUUACGAGUUUUCUAAUAGGUUUGGAAUUAAGUGAUGUGAUUAAAAUAUGACAGAAAGUCAGAAAUCACAAAAAGAACAAAUAUAAUAUUGAAGAUAAUUCAGGAUAUAUAUUAUACUAACAUAAUAGAAACUUGAAAAGAUAACCAUAACAUUAAAACCC